AAACUAGUGAUGUUACGAUAGUGGUUAAUUCGAUCGAUUAGGCGGUCCAUUCCAUUAUCAACGCAUCAACACGUCACACGUUCAGAAAACUUAAAAACAAUGAUUUGAUCGAUUAAUUGAGAAUAUUGUUAAUUUGCAACAAUAUUAAUAAUUAAUUUGUUUUGUUUCAAUUUUGAGAGAACGGACAAUUAAAAAUUUAUCAAGAUGAUGACCAAAGUGAAAACGCAAGGUCUUGUGACCGAUUUGAUGCCAAAUAUCAAGUUGAUGCAGGCAGCCGGACAUUUUUUGUUCAACUACCAUUCAGAUAACUCUGGCAUGUCGAUGCUUUUACGCAAAGUCUAUAGCAGCGUUCACGCUGUCUUGAUCGUGGUCAACUAUGUGUGUAUGGCCAUCAAUAUGGCACAAUACUCCGACGAAGUCAACGAGCUCACUGCAAACACCAUCACUGUACUUUUCUUCGCUCAUUCUGUCAUUAAAUUGCUCUUCUUCGCUCUCAACUCGAAGAGUUUUUACAGAACCCUUGCAAUAUGGAACCAGUCGAAUAGUCAUCCCCUGUUCACGGAGUCAGACGCUCGGUACCACCAGCUCGCGCUCACGAAAAUGAGGAGGCUGCUGUACUGCAUUUGUGGUGUUACAGUCUUAUCAGUUGCUAGUUGGGUUACGUUAACCUUUUUCGGAGAAUCGGUUCGAUUCAUCGCGAAUAAGGAAACCAACGAGACUAUGACAGAGCCUGCCCCGAGGCUGCCUUUGAAAGCUUGGUAUCCAUUUAAUACAAUGAGUGGGACUAUGUACAUUGCAGCUUUCGCUUUACAGAUAUACUGGCUUCUAUUCUCUAUGGCCAUAGCGAAUUUAUUGGAUGUGAUGUUUUGUUCAUGGCUCAUCUUCGCCUGUGAACAACUUCAGCAUCUGAAAGCUAUAAUGAAACCUUUAAUGGAAUUGAGCGCAUCCUUGGAUACUUACAGGCCUAAUACCGCAGAGUUGUUUAGAGCUUCGUCUACAGAGAAAUCUGAAAAGGUCCCAGACCCUGUGGACUUGGAUAUCCGCGGUAUAUAUUCGACUCAGCAGGACUUCGGUAUAACCCUGCGAGGAGCGGGAGGCAAGCUACAGACAUUUGGUCAACCAACUCCGAAUAACCCCAAUGGUUUGACUCAAAAACAAGAGAUGCUCGCUAGAUCUGCUAUCAAGUACUGGGUGGAAAGACACAAGCACGUUGUGAGAUUAGUAGCUUCCAUAGGAGACACUUAUGGUACAGCUCUACUGUUUCACAUGUUGAUUUCGACGAUCACCCUCACACUACUGGCUUAUCAAGCUACCAAGAUUGAUGGUGUUAAUGUAUACGCGUUCAGUACACUCGGUUACCUCACCUAUACAUUGGGCCAGGUGUUUCACUUCUGUAUAUUUGGAAAUCGACUUAUUGAAGAGAGCUCGUCAGUGAUGGAGGCAGCCUACUCCUGCCAGUGGUAUGAUGGCUCCGAAGAAGCUAAAACAUUCGUUCAAAUCGUCUGUCAACAAUGUCAAAAGGCGAUGAGCAUAUCCGGAGCCAAAUUCUUCACUGUAUCAUUGGAUCUCUUUGCUUCUGUGCUCGGUGCAGUCGUAACUUAUUUCAUGGUGUUGGUACAACUGAAGUAGAUAAAAAGUUUUAUCGUCUGUGUUGGUACUAGCUCUACACUGUUGCAGGUGGUCCUUUAAGGACUUGAAUGUAUUCGGAUUACGGUUAAGAGAUUAUACCAAAGUUUAUUCAGACGUAUAUUCUGUUUCAAUAGAAUUUAAUGAAAAUGUUACAGAGUUUUGUUGAAUCAUCACUGAAACAUUUAUGAUGAAAUUAGUAACGAAUCGAAAGAUUUAAUCGAUUAAUUGAUUUUUUAUUUCUAGUUCUAUUCGAACAUUAUUUAGAACAUCUACAUUAUUUAAAUUUUGAUUAAGUUCUAUUAAAACAGAUUAUAUUAAUAUAGAUUAUACAAUUACUCUCUUAUUUUCUUGUCUCAAAACCUAUUUUAACUAUUGAAGUGAUUCGUCUCUAACUUCUGCACUAAAUUCUUAAUCUAAAAGAGAGAAAAAAACAGCAUAUGUAAUUAUUAAAAUAGAUUGGUGUCCUACAAACCUAUUUUAAUCAGUUUUUAUUUAAGUUUAUUUUUUUAAUAAAGCGGCAAGUCUUUUAAGAAAUAUUAUAUAUAUACUUAUACGUAAUUAUAUAUACUCGUAUACUAAGUCUGAAUUGCGAAAAUAAAUUCUAUGUAUGGCAUUGCUUUUAUAUAUGUACAAGAAGAUGCGGCACAUUAUUAUUCUUUUAAGAAUGCAUUCUAUCAGUGAAUUUAAACUUGUUUCGCAAAGAAAUUCUAGUCAAAAAGAGAUAUUAUUAACUCAUGACCAACCAACAAACACCACGUAGUUGCUAGGCGGCCAAACGUGGCAACUACUGGCAAAAUUCUUCUUAUGGGGAAGGCUUAUGUUCAGCAGUGAAUAGUUAACAGCUGAAAUGAUGAUGAUGACUAACUCAUGAUGUUCCACGGCUGGACAAAAGUCUCCUCCAGGAGUAGGUAACACAUUUUUGUGGUUUCUUGCUCUUUUUUUUUUUUUUUUUUUUUUUUUUUUGGGAAAAGUUUGUAAUUUAUAAGAUUUCACCUUGUACGUCUUACAAUCUGUCUUAACAAUCGACGUGAUAAUGAGUGAACGUGAAAAAUUAUGUAUAUGUAAUGUAUUGGUAUGACUGUGGUUCGAAUCCCAGUGUAAGCCUUCGAAUUUUCAAUUUUAUGUUUGGAUCAUUAAACCAUAUCAGAGGCCUUCGUGUAUUAUGAAUCGAAUCGUACGGUCUUCUCAGCCUUCCUUAAAGGACUUCAGCAGGGACCUCUUUGCUCCAAGAUCAUCAUUGGGGGCGACUUUCCCCCAGUCUCUAGCAUUAUUGCCGUCGUGUGUGAGUGGUAUCAUCUUUUUUAUAAGUUUCAUUGAAGGACCUAGACCUCUCACUCAUGAAUGAUGACUUAGUAAGCAUUUUUAAGCUAUGUUAAAGGUUUUCGUAUACAACGAAGACGAUCUCAAUUAUUGACCCCAGAGAGCAUUACCCUUACACGAUUAGUAGAGGCAGAGAGUAUAGUACUACUUCUUGAGGAUGAAAAAGAGUGGUGACAUUCUAAUCUUAUUUUGUAACAUCCAAUUCAGUAUAUUAUUGACAGUAAAAUAUAAAGUCUGUCAAUAUUUUUUUGGCGCUCUAGGUCCAUAUGCUUUGCACUACAUUUAAGUCUUAGAUUAUAUAGAUAGAGAAUUGUUUGUGAAAAAAGACAAAAUUUUGUCAACUAAACGUCACUUUGGCCGACUGAAGAUCGACAAAAUAAUACGCAUUUUUCAAUUUGACAAGAAAUUUGAUUGAAAGAUUUCCAAAUCAAAUCAGCAGGUCUACUAUUAAAUUUAAUAUUGUUAUCAAUCCUGUCUAUUGCCAAUAACAAUUUUGUAUUGCUCUUUUGAAAUAACAAUUAGAAAUUAGGUUAGAAUUGAGAUCGGUUUGUAAUAGUUUGUAUUGGCAAGUUACAUUAAUAUGUAUGUAUCCAAACAAUAUGGAACUAUUGUGUUGCUAGUGUUGCAAUUCGAGAGUUCAAAACGUCUCAAUUCCAAUAUUGAUCUAUUGGAAUUUAUUUCAAGAGUCUACAGGUUGUUUUAGUUAUAAUUUAAAUUAUAACUAUUUUUUUCUGAUAUAAAUAAACAUAUGUAUAUAUUAUUCAUAAAUUAAUAUACAUAUAUUAAUUAUGAUGGCGGCCAUUUUCUCUGACUUUGACAAUGAAAACAUAUUAUAAGCUUACAUUCAGAUAUAAAUAAAAGUAAUCACUGAAGAUAGGCAUAAUUGUGAAUAUAAUAUUAUCCUUUGUUUAUCUCGUUCUUUCAAAUUUAUUCGUAAGAAAUUCAUUCUUUAUAUUUUUCUAUUUAUUCUUUAUAAUAUAAAUUUCUCUCACAUACGUAGGAAUAAUAUUUUCGUAUCCUAAUUUCUGUACACAUAGAUAAAAAAAGUUGAUCAAUUUUUACCGAAGUAUUUGUUAAUUUUUCCUUUGCCAUAGACCACUAUUUUUCUUAAUUCCAAACAGUUCACAUGACAAUACUGGUAUGUUUUAUCUAUUCUAUAAAUAAAACACAGGUAAAUCUAUGUUUAUGGUGUGCAUUUAUUGUUCUAAUCAUAUUGCAAAUUUGGCGGAGUGCCGAAAUUCUCGCUUGUUUAAUUUCUUUCGGAUGGCUUCGCGGACUACUUUAGGUAUUUCCAAGAAUCAUUAGUGAUCCGCGGAUCACAGAUUAAAAACAGAGUUGCCAGAUGCAAAUUUUUAUUUGUACUCAAACAUCAAAAAUUUGUUUUUAUUGAUUGAAUCUAAUUGAUGUAAAUCGUUAACAGAACUUAUAUAGUUUAUAUAGUUUUACUCAAUCACAAACUUAUAUAGUUUUUCAAUAUGCUUUGCCGUGUGUUGCAUGAGAAUAACAAAAAAUAUACUAUUCCUUCCAUUUCUACUUUCAGUUUAUCUUUCCUUCUCCGUUUAUUACUCCAUUAUCUGUUUUGUUAUCUUUAUACGUAGUAUAUUUUAUAAUAUUUAUAUAGCACUAUAGUUUUUACAAGUACCAAAACUAUUUCCUCUAAAGCACACCAAUUGCAACUUUAAAAUUUCGCAAGCAUAAAUUUUUUUACCCGAAAUUGUGACAAAUAUAUCCAAUUUGGCGACACUGGUUAAGAAACACUGAUCUAUGUAAUCUAAGAUUUUUGUCAGUUUGUAAACAACAGCAUAGUAAUUUGAUGCAUUGCAUAUAUUCUCGUACAACAUUCGAAACUAUAUACGUAUACUGCUUACUGUUGUUUUGAAGCGCAGUGGACCGGGCACGUUCGGGGCCCUAAACGAUCGUUGUACCUAGUCCUCUUGUAUGUAAAUCGAACUAUAUAAGGCUCAAUUCACAUUGAUU